CUGAUAGCAGCCGCGCUUCCUGCUUCCCAUGUGAGUGCGGCUUCCCGGGCUGACAGCACACCGUUCCCGGUUGUCACUUGGCGAUCAAUGCACUGGUGAAAAAUCCAGUGUUGAUGGCCUUUGGUGGGAUAACAUUGCACCAUGUUGUCUGCGGAUCGUGCUCACAGGCUGCUGUCGUUGUUGAACGGGGCACUUCAGAAAUGCAAGGAAGAGGAGAAACAUUUAGAACAAGAAAUCAGACAGUUUCACCGUGUCCUCAGGGACUGGAAAAUAGAUGAGCAUGAGGAUGUGAAGCAAGAUGGUGAAGCUAGUAGGUCACAGGCUUUGCAGGCACAGCCAUCAGUCAAGGAGAUCCAGGAGGUAGAGAUGCUCAACAAAGCCCUGGAGAAAGCUCUGAAAGUACGUGCAAGCAGCAAACCAGGAGCUUCAGGGUCCGGACCUCCAUCGAAGACAAAGCCGGAACUACCCCGUCCGCCCACCACAGAAAAGUCGCUGAAACCACUGGCCAAAAGUUUGCAUCCAGGAACAAAGUCAGCAAAGUACCAUUUAAAUCCGCCAUAUAGGACUAAUCCAGAAAAGAGGAGGUUGCCAGUAUCUGAGAAAGGGACAUCAAACUACAGGACGCAAUUAACACUUGCAGGGCAGCUGACCUCAGAAAGGGCGCAAAGGGGCAAUGCUGGGGAUCCAGAGCCCAGAGGCGAUUCUAGCGGCGCAGACAGAGAGGACAGAAGACCAGACAGAAAUACUUCUACCCAGCCAUCUGUGGAGGCUCCAGAAGUGCGAGAACCCCAGCAUUUUACAUUGAAACAAAAAGGACACACGCUAAAGCUGCCGGCCAAGUAUCGACAAUUGUACACAACAAAUAGCAGACUGUGGGAGAAGUACUAUGACAUUCAGAGACAACGUCCGUUUCCUCAACCUACAUUUAUACAGAAACUCCAAACAACUUUUGUCCCGGGUUGCCCAUCAAUGAGCCUCUCUGAAUUAGAAGAAGGUAUCGCGCAGCUGGAGAGCGACGUAGAAUGUAUAAAGCAUAGCAUCGAUGGGGCCAAACACUGGCAUGGGACAGGCGACAUGGAGUGGCAGGAGUAUCGCUUGUUGAUGGUCUAUAAGGCUUUGCAGGAAGAGUUGUCCCAACACAUUUCGGCUUUGCAGCCCCUGAAACUUGCUGCUCAGGAAUUCUCAGCUUGGGAAGAGGGACAUCCCACCGCUACCAGCUUUAUCGUGCCAAGAACCUGCCCGAUCCUACCGAGCAAGGCCCCCGCGGUACUGGUGUACAGCCACCCGAGCGAGCUCUCCGAGCUGAUGCGCGUCAAGCUGCGGGUGUCCGAGUUAAAGCAGAAGAUCUAUUUACAAAAGGUGCUGAAUAAAGAGCUGCUGUCUGAGUUGGAGUCACAAUGUCACAGCGCCCCAGACUUCUGGCUGCUCUACAGAUCCAUCUACACGUUGCUUUGUGAGGGAGGAGAGACUUUCCCGGUGCUGGUACAUGAGGACAACUGACUAACACCAGACACGCAUCCCACAGAGCAAAAACAUAAGAGAGAAUAAAACAUGCUGUGAGCGUUA